AUGCCACGACGUAAAAAUCGAAAAACUCGGAUUGACCCGCAACAGUCAACAGUCAACAACAACAGUGAGCUUACAGAUACGACAUCUAAUUCUAUACCCUCAUCAUCAACAAAUGAAUCUCAAGCAUCCCUGCCAUCGCAUACGUCUGCUGCACCUAAACAAUCUUGUGAUCUUCAAGUACCACUUCCACCUGAAGCAUUGGCUGUGCUAACUUCGGCUUCAAGUGCUCGAGUACAGCCUCCAUCUGAGGCGUCUGCUGCUCCAAAGUCUGCUUGGGGUGCUCGAGUACAACCUCCAUCUGAGGCAUCUACUGUGCCAAGUUCGGCUUCAAAUGCUCGAGUACCACCUCCACUUGGAGUAUCUGCUGUGCCAAAGUCUGUUUGGGGUGAUCGAGUACCACCUACAUCUGAACCACCUAUUGUGCCAACUUCUGCUUCUAUUGCUAGUGAACCAUCCCCACCUGAGGCGUCUGCUGUUCCAAAAUCUGCUUGGGGUGCUCGAGUACAACCUCCAUCUGAGGCAUCUGCUGUGCCGAAAUCAGCUUGGAGUCAUUCAUCUCGAAGUUUUCAUCCAAAAGAACGCUCUUCUAGUGCGCUACCAACGAUGAACGAGUCGAUGAGAAAUUUGUCUGUGAACAAAACUACUACUUUGUCGAGAGAACCUCGUUCUGAAAGUGUUCUUCCAAUGAAGCGUCGUCGAUUAUUAUGCUCUGCAGUACCCGACACAGCUGUAUUAUGUCCAAUUCGCCGUCCCGAUGAUGGUGGCUCGAGUGGUACAGCAAUAUCGGUGUACACUAAUCACUUUCGUGUUGAUAUUGAUGAUGCGACUAUCAAUCAGUAUGAUAUCGACAUCGUGAUAGUUGAUUCCAAUGGUAAAUCACGUCCAGCACGCAAAGAUGACCGUUGGGAAACGAUGCAACGUAUUGCCAAAGAAAAGAAGAAUUUCCCGCUUGCAUGGUAUGAUGAUGGAAAAACAUUGUACACUCGAGCGUUGUUGCCUGAUUUAACAAAACCUAUUGAAAUUAAGAUGAAGAAAGGCGAUGAAGUAAAAACAUUCCAAUUGAACAUCAAAAAUCUUGUACGACAAGACAAGAUUCAAAACAUCUUUGAUUUUAUUCAAAAGAACAUCACGAUUCGACCACGUGAAACAAUUCGAAUCAUUGAGACGCUUUUCAAACAACGUGCUCGCAACGAUCUUGUCUGUGUUCGAAAUCAAUUUUACAAUAGAAAUCAAAUUCUUGAUGAUCUCCAGGAUGGCCGUGGAAUGGCAAAAGGUUUCUAUCAAGCUUUAUUUCUUACACGGUGUGGACCAACUCUGAAUGUCAAUUUAACAUUCACAUGCUUUUAUAUGCCAUUGAACUUUGUUGACUUCGCUCGCAAAUAUCUACGAAAAGAUAUAACUGCGAAUUUUACCGAAUACGAAGCAAAAAUAUUCAAAAAACUUAUUCGAGAUCUACUCAUUGAAACAGAACACACAGGUCGUACGAUUCGCUAUAAAUUCCGUGGUUUUGGUCGUCCUGCCAAUCAACUGAUGUUCGCUCGUGGAAGAGUUGAUGAAGAAUCAGCAGAUGCAGGUAUCCCAGAACAGAUCAGUGUAGCCGAUUAUUUCGAGCAACAAUACAAAAGAAAACUCGUCUAUCCACAUUUACCUUGUAUUGAUGCCACAAACGGUAUUAACAAGAGAGCAAACUGGCUACCAAUGGAACUGGUUAAGUUGGUCGAAUGGCAACGUUCUUUAAAACCAUUAGAUGCAACACAACGAGCUCGCGUUUCGAGCAAAUCCAUUAUUAAACCAUUGGAACGCUACAAUCAAAUUAUGAAUAUUAUGCAAGGACGUGAUUUUGAAACGGAUGUUCAUCUAAAAGACUUAAAUAUUCGUGUACACAAAAACGAAAUGCUCCAACUAAAAGCACGAAUUAUUGCACCUCCCGAUAUUCGAUAUCGUCAUCGUCAAGAUAAAGGAGAAGUGAUUGAACAUGUCGAUGUUGGUAAAUGGCGAAUUAGCAAUCGGUUUUAUACAACACCCGAAAUUAAUAAUUGCGGUAUCAUCUACUUUGGUCAUACGCCUGAUCAAGAAGUCAAUGGCAUUCUCAAUAAAUUCAGUUCUCAAUUGCCAGAGUUACUGAAACACAAAGGAAUUAUAAUUAGAACAAAAUUAACUCCCAUAAUUAAAACGGCUACAAAAGAAGAUAUUGAAAACACUUUGACCGACGCUAGUCAAAAACAUUGGCAAUUAGCCAUUGUUAUUCUCAAUUCUAAUUCGGAUCAAGUACAUGAUUAUGUUAAACAAUUAGGCAAUCAAAAGUUAGGUUUAAGAACGCAGUGUGUCGACAUGCAAGCGUUGAGGAGCAACAUAAAUAAACUACAUAUGUAUGUCGAUAAUCUUAGUCAGAAGAUCAACGGAAAACUAGGUGGCAUCAAUAGUGUUGUCAAUACUAAAUUGGCUCUAAGUCAUUCUUCCAGAGAAGAUAUUUUCAUGUUCUUUGGAGCGGACGUAACUCAUUCGACUUGCUCAACAGAUCGUCCGUCAAUAGCAGCAGUAGUUGCCUCACGGGAUCCAACAAAUACUCUUUAUGCUGCUCGAAUUUGUGAACAAUAUCCGAAAAAGGGUCGUUGUUCAGUGGAAAUUAUUAAAGAAUUGGAUCGAAUGGUUGCUGAUUUGCUUCAAGUAUUUGCUCGUACAUGUGGUGGUCGUCUCCCAAAUAAAAUCGUCUUCUAUCGAGAUGGUGUAGACGAAGGACAAUAUCAGAAAGUACUCGACAAUGAAGUGAAUAAAAUUAAGAACGCUUGCCGAAUUGUGUAUGGUGAUCGGCCAUUACCAAAAUUAACUUUUAUUGUCGUAAAGAAACGUCAUAAUACGCGUUUCUUUCUAUACGAUGGCAAACAGACGAUGAACGUUCAAGCGGGUACCGUGGUUGACCAAGAUAUUACUCAUCCCUUUCAAUUCGAUUUCUAUCUCUGCUCUCAAGCAGCAAUAAUGGGCACAUCACGACCUACUCUCUAUCAUGUUCUUCAUGAUGAUAUUGGUUUUAGCAGCGACGAUGUUCAACGAUUAACCUAUUGGUUAUGUCAUACGGAUAUGCGUUGUACUAAAUCAGUCUCGAUUCCAGCACCUGUUCACUAUGCUCAUCUAGCUGCCUUUGGAUCGCGUGCGUUAAACUUUGACGAUGAUCGUACGACAGACAAUGUUGAUGAUGAUGAUGGGGAUGACGAACAACUUGAAAAUUAUUCAAUCGAUGAUAUUCAAACCAAAUUAAUGGUUCUUGAUCCAAAAGUUGCCGAUGAUAUGUGGUUCAUAUAA